CAGAGGUAAGCAGUUCUUCUUCUCCAUGCUAUCUUAUCAUUGAGUACGCUUGUUGUCACUCUUAAGCUUCUGUUUUCAUCACGUAGCUCUCAUACAAUGCAACUGAGCAUCAAACUAGUUGGAUUCAUCUUGCUUGUUCUGAACUUUAUUUAGUUGAUCCGGAAGCUGGAAAACCUCAUCCGGUGAAUCUUGAUCAAGCAAAAAUGAAUGAAUCCCAAACAGGGGAAGUCUUCAUCAAGAUUGGACCUCACGGAACUGCGAACGGCGAUGAAUGGGAUGAUGGGUGCCUUGAUGGAGUAAGAGAGAUCUUCAUAUGGCAUGACUCAAAAGCAUGUUCACUUCAGUUUGUGUAUGAUUCUGAUGGACAAUCGGUGUUGUCGGACAAGCAUGGAGAUGAAGAUGGAGUGAAUUUUGACACGAUUGAACUGGAAUACCCUUCGGAGUAUCUGACAGGCCUACGCGGUCAGACCCGGAGAUUCCAAGGAUUUUUGACUUCCCUCAUGUUCUUCAGCAACAAAAGAAGUUUUGGGCCCUUCGGAUACUGGGACAAUGACAGAGAAGCUGACUUCCAAUGGAAGGUGAUGGGCAACAAAAUUUGUGGGUUUUUUGGGCGAGCUCAACCCUCUUCCCUCACUGCUGUGGGGAUUCAUCUCAGAGCCCUGCCCAAAACUUCAUGAAUGAAUGAAGCUGAAGACCAUUAGUGCAACAGCUUCACUUCGUGUCAGUGUCGUCUCACACUUGUGUGCCUGACUACAUGGUGUUGUGUUCUUUCAACUCAGUUUGCUGGUGUUCAAGCUCAGAAUCUUUAUCAUAAACUAUUAAAAGCUUUUAC